GAUCUUUACCUUUGAUCUUUACCUUGUAUCUUAACCUUUUAUCUUUACCUUUACCUUUCUCUUUACCUUUCUCUUUUUUCUUUUCUUUUUAAUUUUUAUCUUUAUUUAUUGUGUAGUGUGUAGAGUGUAGUGUGUAGAGUGUAUUUUGUAGAGUGCAGUUUAUAUUGUGUGUAGUUUGUAGUGUUGUUUGUAGUGUGUUGUGUUUAUUUUUUUAGUUAGAGCUAGUUAGGCUCUAGAGCUAGCGUAGUCAGGAAAAUGAAAAAUACAAAAAAGCUGAAUACCUGGGUGUGGGCCGAGGAUCCUCUACGGCCUCCGUCAAUCCCCUCCUUGAUGGAGAAAAAAAGUUCCGAGGAGGCGGUUCCGACUACAAGCAAACAAAGUUCUGUCAAGAAGCUCCCAGCAAUAACGACAAGGGAAAGGCGCCCCCUCUGGGAACUUCCUGGAAAAAAAGAAGAGGAAGCAAAGCAAAAAAAGGCCAGUAUCGAAGCCCGCAAAACUGAAGAAAAAUUCAAAAGAGAUCUUCUGGCUCGUCAAAAGAAGCUUGAAUACAAACAAUGGCGGGACCUCCAUUUGUUAGAUUACUGGCAACAGAAGGAAAGGCAGGAAAAGGAGUCCCUGGAGCGGCGGCAGCAAGAAAAAAAAGUACGCCGAGAAAGGGAGCUGGCAGCGGCGGCUCUCCUGGAGAAGAAGGAAGGGAUCCGCCUGAUCUACACGGGGUCGGACUGGAUCCGGCCCCCCUGCGUUCCAGGGGAUCCCUUCCUGACGGGAAAUAAGGAGAGCCGCCAACCAAUCGAUCAACAUCGCCAGCCCUACUUUCUGCCUCCCAUAAAAGAGGAAGCCAACGCCGCUGCUCCCGGGACCAGCUCUGCAACGUUCAACAAAACGAACUGGCCAUUUUUCCUUCCAAAGCCGCCACCCAGGACGUGAUGAUUUAUAUCCCGCAGAGGAUCCUCGAUGACAAUGACCGGCCCUUUGAAUUACGAAGCCCACACCCAGGACUUGAUGCUUUAAGAAAUAAAGUUUUGGAAAAAAAAUUGACUUUGAGUUUUUUCACUUUACCAUUGCUUUAAUAAAGUUUUGAAAAAUAA